AAAGCAUCAGUGAACCUCUUGAAAUUUGCUUUUCCUCCGUACAGCGCUCUGGCAGAUUUUGGAUCGACAUCAAACCAGAUUUCGAGCAUCAUGGCACCCAUCGCGUUGGCACCUACACCUGUACCAAGUCACAAUCUCAGCAGUACAUACCAAGAUCAAUUCUCGAACCCUACCCUUCCUAAGACAUCAAAGAAAGUGGUCAGGUAUCAAGGGUAUGAUCACGUACAUUGGUGGGUUGGCAAUGCCAAACAAGCCGCAGCGUACUACAUCUCUCAGAUGGGCUUCGAGAAGAUAGCCUACCGUGGGCUGGAAACAGGUUCGAGGGCCAUUGCGUCGCACGUUAUCCGUAACGGCGAUGUCACUUUUGUCCUCACCUCGCCGUUGCAAAGCCCUGACUGCAAGGGUGUGUCACUGUCCGAUGAAGAUCGACAAGCUCUUGAGGAGAUGCACAACCAUAUAAGAGCUCACGGUGAUGCGGUUCGCGACGUUGCUUUUGAAGUCGACGACGCUGUGGCAGUGUAUGAUGCCGCGGUGGCCAAGGGCGCGCAUUCAGUACAAGAACCUCAAACCGUUAGCGACGAUUCUGGUUCAGCGACGUACGCCCAGAUUCGGACAUAUGGAGACACCAUCCACACUUUGAUCGAACGUCACCAAUAUCAUGGCGCCUUCUUCCCAGGCUAUCGAGCGGUAAAGGAGAUCCAGAAGGCUUCGAAAUACUUGCCGAAAGUCGAUCUGAUGCAUAUUGACCACUGCGUUGGGAACCAAGAUUGGGAUGAGAUGGAAGCCGCCUGCGAUUAUUAUGAAAAGACUCUCGGCUUUCACAGAUUCUGGUCAGUGGACGACAAAGAUAUCUGCACAGAUUAUUCUGCGCUGAAAUCAGUUGUCAUGGCCAGUCCUGAUGAAAAGAUCAAGAUGCCCAUCAAUGAGCCAGCCAAGGGCAAAAAGAAAUCUCAAAUCGAGGAAUAUGUCGACUUUUAUAAUGGUGCUGGUAUUCAGCACAUUGCUCUGAGAACGGAAGACAUCAUUUCGACAGUGAUCAACAUGCGGGAGCGUGGUAUCGAAUUUAUCAGCGUGCCUGAUACCUACUAUGAGGCCAUGACCAAACGAUUGGAAAGUUCCGGUAUGAAGCUCAAUGAGGAUUUUGCCAAACUAAAAGAGCUUGGAAUCCUCAUCGAUUUCGACGAAGGUGGUUACUUACUGCAACUUUUCACCAAACACUUGCUGGAUCGGCCAACAGUGUUUGUUGAGAUCAUUCAGAGGAACAAUUUCUCGGGUUUUGGUGCUGGAAACUUCAAAGCGCUUUUUGAAGCUAUUGAGAGAGAGCAAAUGGCCCGAGGCAACCUGUGAAGAAUGAGCAUUGAUGGACAGUCUCUCAAAUUCCGGGGGUCGAUUUUCUUCUCUAUGCGCAAUCUUUGCCCUCAUUUCAUCACGAUGGUUCGACGAGAUGAGGUAAGGUAGUACUCCGUAUCGCGUGUGGUGGACAAUUGAAGAGAAAAAGGACCAGAUGACGGGCGCGUGAUGAGAGCAAAGGCGAGUUUAACUGUAGACCCAAACAGGGCCUGAAUUGAAGCCCGCUAGCAGAGGUUAGCCUACCAAGUUAACCUCAUCAUGCCUCAGGGAGUGAGUCUGCCAGGCACCCCUAAGGUUAGGUUACUUGGCGCACUGACCGGGCUUGUGCAUCGCCUGUGACUUAAAACCUGC